AUGCACAACGAUGCUGCUAUAAAUGAUGACGAAAAAAAGAAGCCUCGCAUGAUCACUUUUUAUAAUAUGUACAAAAGUGGGGUGGAUACUAUGGACCAGAUGGUAACGAGAUACACAACUCAUAGACAAACGGCAAGAUGGCCACUUGCUUUGUUCUUCAACGUUGUGGAUAUAGGAGCUCUUGCUGCAUACGUUAUCUACUACGAAAACAACAAGAUGAUCGAUAAAAAGACGAAUCAACGUAUUUUCUUGCGGCAACUGAGUGAAGAACUGGCAAAGCCAUUCAUUGAAGAUCGCGCUGGGAAUCCUCAAGUGAUGCGCCAUUUCAAAACUCGCUAUCGAGAGCAUCGUCGGUCUACAGCUUACCCCUUCUGA